AUGGCGGGCCCACCCAAGCGAGAAAGGUUCAAUGCCAAGGCGAGACAGUCAUCGGUGGGAGGAUCUAGCCACAAAAAGCGGAGAAGAGUCAAGGUAGGGAGCGGCGAAGACCAAGUAAUUGACGAGACGAUCAUAGACCCGGAAGAGCGGAGAGCCAAGGCUGAGGAAGACCAGAAGCGAAGAGCAGUGAGUCCAGCCCCUGAAGCUGCAUCAGCGCCCAUCUCGAGCAAGAAGAGGAAGCGGCUUGACGCAUACAUCGCUCGCCAGCUGCGCAAGGAAGAGCACAAGGAGCUCCUUGCUAAUCUGGCCAAGACUAGCGCCGAGGUGGGAGACCGCAGCGCACUGCUGAGCGCUUCGACUCUGGGAACUGGAAAGGUGCUCAGCGGCCGAGAGAGGAUCGAGCGGAAUGAGGCAGGGACAGAGAGAACAACACAGCGGCGAAAGGGCGGUUUCAAGGUACGCGAUCUGAGCGAUGAUGAAGAUGCCGAUCUCGACGAGGAGCCAGAAGACAAAAUCGCCGAUCAUGAGGAGCAGGGAGAAGGGAACAGUGAAGAGCACGAUGAACGAGAAGCACGUAUCGCGGCUGCACGCGCACUAUUCGCCCAAGCGGGUCCAUCAACCGAUAGCAAAGACGAUCAAGCCAUUGGUUCAGCGUUGGCGUUGGGACCUGACGGAAAGCCCAUCGCUGCAACAAUGAAAAUACGCAAGAAGAACAAGCAGAACAAGCGGCGGAGGAUGCCCGGCUCAGGCACAGCCUGGGGAAGGGCGACGACUCGACAGGCCGACGAUGACCACGAAGAGAGCAGUGAUUUUGACAGCUCUGCGAGCUCAGACGAAGGAGAAACCGAUUAUGAUGAAGGAGACAGUAGUAUCGAGAAUGUCGGAAACAAGAGUACGCGAGGAAACAGCAGCGAAGAGGCUGAUUUAGCUCUCGAUGAUCUCGACUCGCCUUUUAAGCCGUCGACGGGCAAGGGCAAGGGCAAGGGCAAAGGAAAGGAGAUUGAAGGAAGCGUGGCGAUGGAGGGCCAAGAUGGCUCCGAUGAUUUCGAGGAUUCUUCUGCUUCUUCCUUAGGAGAUUCUGAUGAGGAAGAUGAUGCGAGCGAAGAGACAGACGAAGACGAGCAGGCGAUUCUGAUGGAAGCAAUGAGGCUUCGAGGCAUCGAAGAGGACGCUGACUACGGGUCCAGCCUAGACGAGGGAGGGCACACAUCUGUAAAAGGCGGACACAUUGCGGAAGACAAGGAGGCAGCCGACAUGGUUGAGGAUGAAGAAGACGAGGAGGAGGAGGAGGAUGGAGAGGAAGACGACGACGACGAUGUGGAAGAUGAUGACGAGGAAGAUGACGAUGAGGGAGAAAGCAGUGAAGAUGAUGAGGCCCUCAUGAAUCCCAUGGCAUCACGGAGACGUGGACUCGGACAGACAAAUCGAUCCUCGGGCUUCAAGGACUGGGCAAAUGCGGCCCUAGGACUUGAGGCGAAGCACAGCGAGGAUGAUCAAGACGGCGUCUACCGUGGUCCCGAGCCAGUGGCAGGAUUGAAGCAAAAAGUUAGUGAGCUUGGACCACAAGACGGUGUCGUUCGAGGACCUCUAGGCGCCGAUGCGCCCAAGAUGAGCGAGAGAUCGGCUUUUGCGCAGAAGUUCUACGAGGAGGCCGGGAAAGAGACGAAAAGGAAGCGCACGGUCACUGUCGAGCGCUCGGAAGAGCUGCAGGAUGCGAGAUUGAAGCUUCCCGUCUUGGCCGAGGAGGAGCGCAUUAUGACGACAAUCUUGGAGAAUGAGGUUACGGUGCUGUGCGGUGAGACGGGAAGCGGGAAAACGACGCAGGUUCCCCAGUUUCUUUUUGAGGCGGGCUUCAGUUCUCCAGGCACGGCAAAUCCGGGCUUGGUCGGUGUCACGCAGCCUCGUCGUGUGGCCGCUCUCAGCAUGGCGCAGCGGGUAGCUUCGGAACUGUCGCUACCGUCAACACGCGUGUCCCACCAAAUUCGAUACGACGCGACUGUGAGCCCUUCGACGUCGGUCAAGUUCAUGACCGAUGGUGUCCUCUUGCGCGAGCUGGCGGCCAACUUUCUGUUGGAAAAAUACAGCGCCAUCAUCAUCGACGAAGCGCAUGAGAGGAGCGUCAACACUGACGUCCUCAUCGGCGUCUUAAGCCGAGUCGUUAAGCUCCGCGCCAAGCGAUGGAUAGAAGGUGAAAGCGGUGCUAAGCCAUUGCGCCUCAUCAUCAUGAGUGCUACGCUGCGCGUCGAUGACUUUGUUCGCAACUCGACUUUGUUCGACACACCGCCUCCCGUCAUCAAUGUUGAGGCACGCCAGCAUUCAGUCACAGUGCACUUCAAUCGCCGAACGACUCACGACUACAUUGCCGAGGCGGUCAAGAAGGUCACCAAAAUCCAUGCAAGGCUCCCGGCUGGCGGCGUUCUUGUCUUCAUGACGGGCCAACAGGAGAUCACGACGGUUUGCAAGCGGUUAGAGAAACGCUUUGGGAAAAGGGCGAUAGAGCAGAGAAGGAGAGACAGGGAGAGAAUAACCCUUGCUGGCGCGCCCGCUGUGAGACAUGAUGACGACGAAGAAGGCGAAACGCUUCGAUCCGAUGACAGAGUCGCCUUGGCGGCCAAGGAUGGCGAUGUCGAAGCGGAGGAGAUAGACCUCGGUGUAGCGGAUCAGGACUUGGCAGCUGAUGUCGAUGGCGAAGAAAAAGACUUGAGCGAUGCCGACGAGGACGCACUCGAUUCGGACGAUGAGGAAGGAGGCGAGGCACACGAUGCCGACAUGCCGGACGAGCUCAAGGACGACUCAGAUGUGCCGAUGCAUAUCUUGCCCCUCUACUCGCUCCUGUCGUCUGACCGGCAGAUGCGUGUGUUCCAACCUCCUCCAGCUGGCACUCGUCUGGUCGUUGUCGCUACAAAUGUGGCCGAAACGUCCUUGACGAUCCCCGGCAUUUCGUACGUUGUCGACUGUGGUCGAUCAAAGGAGCGGCGCUGCGAUCCCUCGACUGGCGUGCAGUCUUUCGAAGUCUCCUGGAUCAGCAAGGCCAGCGCCAAUCAGCGAAGCGGCCGUGCAGGCCGUACCGGGCCUGGCCACUGCUAUCGACUCUACUCGAGUGCCGUAUACGAGGACCACUUUGACAGCUUCUCUCAGCCCGAAAUCCUGCGCACGCCUGUCGAUGGCUUGGUCUUGCAGAUGAAGGCGAUGAACAUCGAUCAGGUAGCCCAUUUCCCCUUCCCUACCCCUCCGGAUCGGGCUGCGCUGCAAAAGGCCGAAAGAAUGCUUAUUAGGCUUGGCGCUCUCGAGAUGCAAGGCCUGAUGAGCGGAAAGGGCAGCCAGUCGCGGAUCACACAGCUCGGACGAGCGAUGAGUUUGUUCCCGCUCGGCCCCCGGCUAAGUAAGCUGCUGGUGCAGGGCAAUCAGCACGGCUGCCUCCCCUUCAUCGUCGCUCUAGUCGCAGCUUUGACUGUGGGGGAUCCCUUUGUGCAGGAGCAGAGCCUCGGCGAGCACGAUGGCGAGGACGACGAAGAGGAUGAAGACGGAGCCAAGGUUAGCACGAUGGACGAGGACCUGCCUCCGGAGCUGGAGCACAUUAGGAGCGAGAAGGUACGAAGAGUAGAGGCUGGCAAGAGCCGAAGGAGCGCCUACUUCAAAGCCUUGGCUCGAUUCGGUUCCAUGAGCGAAGGCGCCAGUGAUCCUCUGAGGCUCCUCAGCGUCGUGGGUGCGUACGAGCACGAUGGUGCCACCCAGGCGUUCUGCCACGCCCACUUCCUCAUGCCCAAGGCGAUGGAGGAGAUUCACAAACUUCGAGGCCAAAUUGCGAGCAUUGUCAUGGCCAAUGCCGGGCCUGAGGAAGCACCGAAGCUUGCGGCACAGCUGGGCAACCCCAAAUUCGCAGCUCCACCUACGACCAAGCAGCUGACGGUGCUGCGUCAGCUCCUAUGCGCCGCUUACGUGGAUCAAGUCGCUAUCAGAGCCGACUUGGCACCAGAGAGCGCCUCAAGAGUUGCGUCGCUGCAGGAUGCUUCGGACCCGCUGGCGAGGCAGUUCGACCGUCAGAUGCGACAGGGGGCCAAGAUGACAUCGACAAGAGGCGUCGCUUUCCUUGCUAUGGGCGUGCCAGGCCAGGCCUGCUACCUGCACCAGACGAGCGUGCUGUUUCACCAAAAGCCACCAGAAUGGGUCAUCUUUACCGAGUUGCACCGAGCAAGGAGCAAGAACGAAGGAAGGCAAGGCAACAUCUGGCUAAAGGGUUUGACGAGAAUCAACCCUGCCUGGCUCUCGGGCUUGGGUAGGAGCCUUUGCAGCUUCAGCAAGCCAAUCGAACUCAAUGAUGGAUCGUCGACAAUGUCAAAGCUCGUCGCGGCCGCAAGAGCGCUCAAGGGCGGUAGCGUCCAGGACAAAACUACUGCUGCUCCCACAGAAAGAACCGUGAUGCUUGUCCCAUCGUACGGAACGGGUCCAGCAUGUGAAGCCGACGAGAGGGCCAGUCAUGUCGGCUGGAGUCUCCCGCCGGUUGAGGCAAAGCAGCGCCUGGUGCAGGGUCGAUGGGUGACUGACCUUGCGUAG